UUUUCUCUUGGUCGAGUGCCAUAUUUAGCGUUCGCAUAGGAGAUAUAAGUAGAAGUUUGCAUCGGGGCACCAUCAUCAGUUUACAAAACACUGCGCACCGAACGUGUUGUAUCAGUGAAGAACAAAGUCAUGAAAUUCCUCGCGCUAUCCGUCUGCCUGAUGGCAACCGCCAUUGUGGUGUAUGCAGACACUAUUAAGGAUAUUGCUUUACAUGGUGGAUCACUAUCUACCGCUGAUUUGCAAGAAUGUUAUAACAACGCGAAUCUAGCGGAAGCGGAUUUGAUUACAAAUACGGAAAUAAAAGAUGAAUCUUAUAAAAACCCAGGAAAUGAAGAAAAGGCGAGAAAAAACGGAUGCUUCACGUUAUGCAUAUUACAAAAACGAGAACAGAUUGUCGGUUCGGAGAUUCAGAAGAACAAGCUCUACGGCAAAUCGGCACAUGCUCAUUUGAAUCCCGGUACUCAGGCUAUAAUAUAUGCAACCGUGGAUCGUUGCGUUGAACAAGUUAAAACAAACCCAGAUAUGUGCGACAAGUCUCUCGAUCUCCUCACAUGUCUCUGGAAGGAUUUCAUCUAACCAAUAAAUACAUCCAUUAUCUACUCUUUCAAUAUAAUGAUAUAAAAAAUACUUAUUCUCUUUAUUAUAUUAAUAAAAAUGCAUCGUAUUGUGAAUUAAUA